GCAGUUCGCCAUUUUAGACAGUCAAGAAACUGAGGCGAGGCGAUUUGUGAUAGUGUAGCAGAGGGGUAAUUUGUAAAGCCCCUUUGUUGAGGUUUUUAUAAGAACCGUCUGGCGUUGUAUUGUAAACAGAAAAAAGAUGUCCUCGGAAAACCAAGAAACGGAGACACAACAGGAAUCCGGGGAAGAAAAACAGGACACUCAGGAAAAAGAAUCCAAUCCUGUCAAAGCUGAAGAAGCAAAAUUGAAAGCCAAAUACCCCAAUCUUGGACAGAAACCUGGUGGUUCAGAUUUCCUCAUGAAGAGAUUACAAAAAGGGCAAAAAUACUUUGACUCAGGAGACUAUAAUAUGGCCAAAGCAAAAAUGAAGAAUAAGCAGCUUCCCACUGCCGGGCCAGACAAGAACUUGGUGACGGGCGAUCAUAUUCCAACGCCGCAAGACCUCCCACAGAGAAAAUCAUCGCUGGUUACCAGCAAACUUGCUGGCUAGCAAAAGCACAAACCUCCUGUCCUCUAUUUUCUCCCUUUCCAUGAUACAAAUCCAUUAUGCUACCUUUCUCACCUUGUAUACCUGGUCUUGCUUCACAAAGGCACAGAAGAAUGAAAAGUCAUAUGGGGCCUAAAAGUUAACUUUUUCUUUGACCUGGACUGUUAAGGUUCAGGUGUGCUAGAAUACUUUAAAAAAAAAAAAAAAAACAAACUUAAGUGCGUGCGAGUGUGUAGGGUCAUUUACUUCCUUGGUACAGUGAGAAGACACCUUGGUCUUAUUCACAGACCAGUUAUAUUUCUGUUUAUUAGUAUUACUAUGAACACAUUUCUUCCAUUGCUUGAUUACAUGUAUCCAUUUUACUGUCAACGCAUGCAUCUCUAGGGCUCAGUGCCCUGAAUUAUAUCCCGGCAUAAUUGCCGU